CAAAAAAUUCACAAAGAAAUGUUCAUUCUUCAAAAAUUCUGUAGUUUCCGGGUACAGUGACGCACGUCUUUAAUACCAGUACUAGGGAGGCAGAGGCAGAGGCAGAGGCAGUGGCAGGCGCUCUCUGUGAGUUCGAGGCCAGCCCGGUCUACAUAAUGACUUCCAGACCAGCCAGAGAGUUACAUGGUGAGACCCUGUCUCAAACAAGCCAAAACAUUUGAUUGAAAUUAUAAAAUGUGAAGACUUCUAAACUGAUGAGAGAACACCAGAAAAGAGGUAGAUGAGUUAAAAAAAGAAGUGCUCCAGGUGAGGAUCGAACUCACAACCUCGGCAUCGCUUACGCCUAGCACUGACAUAUAAGUACCGCGCGCUAACCGAUUGCGCCACUGGAGCUCCGGCCGCACCCUCGCGCCACAAAGUCCUUCAGUCAGUUGUAGUCGCAGGACUUUGUUGAACGGCUCGGCCCAACAUUGCAUAUGCAAAUAUAAAGCCCGCCGAUCGACCAAUAAGAACAAGAGUGUGAGACUAUUCCAGAUUCUCACGCCUCCUGGGCCCUUGCUGUAAAAGGUAAAAAGUCCUCCCGGCUCUAGGCUCUUGGAAUGUGGGCGGUGACUCGCCGUUGGAACCGCUUGCUUGCAAUUAUUCAGAGUAGGGGGCGGGGAUUUUAAAAGCCUUUACGGGAGGGCGUGCCGGAAGGCGGCCCCUCCCCCCAGCAGGCGGGAACAGGAUGUGAGCCGCGGCGGCGGCAAAGGGGAGGAGAAGCCUUGGGCGGCCGCCCCCCGCCCCACAUCUGGGACCCGACUCUCCCCGCCCCAGAUGCGGCGUUGCCGCUGCCCCCAGAGCCCCAGGACACUCAUCCCGGAGCCCGAGGCGUUCAUAGUCUUGGGCCCAGGCGUCCGGGAACUCUGUCCCGCGUUUUAAGAGACCCGCAAGUCCCGGCUCCCGCAGAGGGGCCGGGACCUCUGAUGUCCAGCGCCCCCUCCUGGAGGAGCCCGGGGCUCGGGAAGUCAGCCCCGAGGCUGGAGGCCCGUCCCGUACCCGGCUUCGAAGACCGUAGGAUCUGUGGCCGUGCAUCCUUCCCACGGGGUCCCAACUCUGAGUCCAAGACCCCCUCCUGGAGCCACUUGGGGACAGGACCUCGCGCCUCGACUUAGGGCUGCAGCAUCCAUCACCUCCAGGAGACCGAGGAGUUAGCCAGUCCUUGCGGUCCCUCCCGGAGGUGACUUCACUCCUGCCCCUCGGGUUCUGGAAACUCUGGAAUCCCGGUGCUCCCGACAACACACAGCCCUACCUAGAAGACUGAGGAGUUUGGGUCCCCAGCGCCCUGGUCUGAGACUCGAGUAGAGGGUUGCAGCAUCUUCUAUUUAGAACACCGAGACUUCGGACUCCGGAUCCCAACUCUCCCCGGAUUCUGGAGUCCGAGAACCCCAAGUUCACGACCUUAAGUCUGGGUUGUGAGCCUCCCCAGGGAUCGCGCGUUACGGUCCAGACGCGCGGGACUCCCGACCCCAAGGCCCGUGGCUCCCCGGGAGGUCGGAGUUGUGCCACUCAAUCAUGCCCGAGGGAGCCCGGGGAUUGAGCCUGCCCAAACCCAGCCUUAGGCUCGGGUGUGGCCACCAAGGUGAAGUUUGCGACUGCGCAGCAGUGAGUGACACUCCAACAGCUGGCCUAGUGCUGAGCAUGGCCAACAUAGCCCAGCCCUGUCACCACGGAGGAGACUGCUAAGCUGAGAAUUCAGGAGAAAGGAGUUGGACUCAAAGAAGAAUUCUGCAUGCAGGGAGCAGUAUGUGCAGAGGCUCACAGCUGCACCUUUAAGUAACUGGACAAAGUUGAGUGUGAAGAGGUGGGGGGCUGUUGAGAGCUGAGUGGUGGAAAGGGAACUGGGUGAAGGGUUCUACCAUGGCUGCAUUAGAUGGGGCCCCGUGCGUGUGAGGAAUUUGGACUUGAACAUAAAGGGCCUGUGCUUAUGUGAGUGACAAGGUCAGUUGGGCAGAUUCACAACGAUAGGUGUGGUUGAUGGAAGAUGUGAAUAAAAGCACUGGAGGUUUAGGUCCCAGAGAGGAAGGAGCAUUGAUAGGUACUGAAUCAGACUGGAGAAGUAGAGGAGUGGAGCAGAGACCUGUGGGGACUGUCACCUGAGUGUGGGUGACCAUGGGGACCGUAAGACCGUGUGUCUGGGAAGCCCUGACCACUUGCUCCCUACCUCAGCAGCGCAGGCAGCCACCACCAUGGCUUCUCCAAGGGGUUCUGGCAGCUCCACUUCGUUGAGCACUGUGGGCUCCGAGGGGGACCCAUCUCCAGCCUGCUCAGCCUCCAGGCCAGAGCCCCUACCGGAGCCCCCCAUACGCCUGCACCUGUUGCCUGUGGGAAUCCAGGGUUCGGUGAAACCCUCCAGGCUGGAACGAGUGGCCAGGGAGAUUGUGGAGACAGAGCGGGCGUAUGUUCGCGACCUUCGCAGCAUCGUGGAGGACUACCUAGGCCCUCUGAUGGAUGGCAGGGCCCUGGGGCUGAACAUGGAGCAGGUGGGCACACUGUUUGCCAACAUCGAGGACAUCUAUGAGUUUAGCAGUGAGCUCCUGGAGGACUUGGAAGGCUGCAGCAGUGCAGGGGGCAUCGCCGAGUGCUUCGUGCAAAGAAGCGAAGAUUUUGACAUCUAUACAUUGUACUGCAUGAACUACCCAAGCUCCCUGGCCCUGCUCCGAGAGCUGUCAGUGUCCCCGCCAGCCACUCUGUGGCUACAGGAGCGUCAGGCCCAGCUCCGUCACUCCCUGCCUCUGCAGAGCUUCUUGCUGAAGCCUGUUCAGCGCAUCCUGAAGUACCAUCUCCUGCUGCAGGAACUGGGCAAGCACUGGGCAGAGGGCCCAGACAGUGGAGGGCGAGAGAUGGUGGAGGAAGCCAUUGUAUCCAUGACUGCAGUGGCCUGGUACAUCAAUGACAUGAAGCGCAAGCAAGAGCAUGCUGCACGCCUGCAGGAAGUGCAGCGGAGGCUGGGUGGCUGGACUGGCCCGGAGCUCAGCGCCUUUGGAGAGCUAGUACUGGAAGGCACUUUCCGAGGGGGAGGCGGGGGAGGCCCCAGGCUUCGUGGGGGUGAGCGCCUCCUCUUCUUGUUCUCCCGGAUGCUGCUGGUUGCCAAGCGUCGGGGGCCUGAAUACACCUACAAGGGCCACAUCUUUUGCUGUAACCUCAGCGUAAGCGAGACUCCGCGGGACCCCUUAGGAUUUAAGGUGUCAGACCUGACCAUCCCCAAGCACAGACACCUGUUCCAGGCCAAGAACCAGGAAGAGAAACGGCUGUGGAUCCACUGUCUCCAGCGCCUCUUCUUUGAGAACCACCCGGCUUCCAUCCCUGCCAAGGCAAAGCAAGUUCUCUUGGAAAACAGCCUACAUUGUGCUCCAAAGAGCAAACAUAUCCCAGAACCCCCAACAUCCCCACUGGACUCUCCCCGACCUCGAGAUGCUCCAGGUUUUACCCCCGGCAGAAGAAACCCAGCUCCAUCUCCAAGACUUUCUGGCAGUCGCCGUGGCCGCAGGCAGUCUGGUGAGUACCCACCACUUGAAGGGGACCCAGGGAGCCAAUGGCCUGGCCUCCUGACAUCCUUUUUCCUUCCCCCAGAGCCAGCAAAGGAAGCUUAUGUCAUUUUUCCCCAGAAUGAUAAGCCUCAAGUCAAGCAUGCUGGCAGUGAAGGAGAGCUCCACCCCUCAUCUGAGCUGCAGCCAGUGUCUGCUUCUGGCCCUCCUGAAGACCUGGAGGAUGCUGGGCCUCCCACGUUGGACCCGUCGGGGACUUCCAUAACUGAGGAGAUCCUAGAACUGCUGAACCAGAGAGGCCUCAGGGACUCGGGGCCAGCCACCCACGACAUUCCCAAGUUCCCCAGAGACUCCCGGGUGCCAGUUGAAAGCGAACCCCUCCCGUUCCAAUCCCUGCCCAGCCGAGAGUCUUCAGAAGAGGAGGAGGAGGAGGACCUGGAGACAGAUGAACGCGAGCCUUCCCCACUGCACGUCUUAGAGGGGCUGGAAGGUUCGAGCGCAGCUGAAAUUCCCUGCAUUCCCAGCCUUACUGACAUUCCCAGUGAAGUGCCCAGCCUUCCAGAAAUUCCUGAGGCUCCCUGCCUUCCCUGUCUCUCUGAUAUCUCUGGUGUUUUUGAGGUACCCUGCCUUUCACCCACAUCCACUGUGCCUGACAUUCCCAGCUUGGCCACCACCCCCUCCUUUCCCUGUGGCUCCUGGCUCCCUGGACCCCUGCAGGAGGCAGCCCAGCCUCAAGCCACCAGGAGGGAACUGUUGAGUGGGAGCAAUCCAGGAAGACUGAGUGAGUCCCCCUCAGAAAGCAGAGAGGGGCAGGAGGAUGACACAGAAGGCGUGUCAUUCUCAGCUGUGCAGAGGGAGGCUGGCACCUCGGUCCAAGGAUUCCCGGAAGAACUGGAAUACCGCUCUUGUUCAGAAAUCCGGAGUGCCUGGCAAGCUCUGGAGCAGGGGCAGCUGGCCCGGCCUGGCUUCCCAGAACCUCUGCUCAUCCUGGAGGACUCUGAUCUUAGAGGAGGCAGCACCAGCGGGAAGACAGGAAUGCCACAUUCAGAGCGGUCAGCAUCGCGGGUGCGAGAGUUGGCUCGGCUCUACAGUGAGCGUAUCCAGCAGAUGCAACGAGCUGAGACUAGGGCAUCCACCAAUGCACCCCGCCGCAGACCUCGAGUCCUGGCCCAACCCCAGCCAUCCCCUUGCCCACCCCAGGAAGAGGCUGAACCAGGGGCCCUGCCUGCAUUUGGACAUGUGCUUGUAUGUGAGCUGGCUUUCCCACUGAACUGCACCCAGGAGUCUGUCCCUCUGGGCCCUGCUGUUCUGGUUCAAGCUGCCACACCUUUGUGUAUUCAAGGAGAUGACCUGAGUGGCCAGAAUCUAAAUGUUUCAGAUUUGUCCAAGCAAGGCCAUCUGAGUAGUAACUCCAUUCCACCGCCUGUCCCUUUACCUGGGCAAAGCAACUUCCAGAACAUACAGGUUCCCUCUACAUCCCUUUUGCCUAAGCAAGAGCCUCCAGAUGUCCAGGUCCCAACUGCCUCAACCUUGCCUGAUACAAGCCAGCUCCAAAGCCAAGUUCCCGCUGCCACUCCAUCAGCUGGGCAUAGAAACUGUGUGGAGAUCCAGGUUCAGUCCACCACCUCCCUUCCUGGCCAAGAGUGUCAGGCAGACACUGUGGCAUUGUCCAAGCAAGAAGGUCAUGAAGACAGCCAGAACCCAAACAAGGCCCCAGGAGCCGAGCAAAGAGACGUCAGCAUUGAUCAGGGUCUAGCUGUUGUUGGUGGCCGGCCUGUCAGCCCUUUGCCAGUGUGCACAAGUAGCCCUGACCAGCAGAUCCCAGCCACCACCCCACUGCCAUUGUCAACUGACUUCCCAGACAUGGAGGGUCCUGGUGCCUUACCUCUGCCCACACAGGAAGGUCGUCCGGACUGCAGCAUCCCAUGCAACCCUCUACCAUCUUUGUCCCAAGACGUUCAGGUGCCAGCGGUCAUCCCUGUGUCCCAGCUGCAAGGCCUUACAGACACCAGGGCCACAGUGCCCCUGUCUUCCCACAAGCAGGAGGACGCUCCAGAGUGUCUGGGUCCAGAGCCCAGCCUCACAGACACACCAGCUCCCAGACUCUUAUCUUCACUGGGCCAACAGAACACCACAGAUGGCCCUGUUUCAGCAGCUGCCGUGCCUUUGACUGAACAAGGAUGCUCUCAGGAUCUGCAAGGCCUAAUUACUUCCCCAGUUCAGACAACCAUGGAGUUACCCAAACCAAGGGGUUUAGUCUCUCGUGUUGCCACCUCAGAGUCUUUGGACUUGACCCCACCGCAUAGCCCCUCGCUCUCCACUCGCCAGCUCCUGGGCCCCAGUGCAGCUGCCCUUUCAAGGUACCUGGCAGCUUCAUACAUCAGCCAGAGCUUGGCUAGGCGCCAGGGACCUGGGGGAGAGGGCACGGUAGCCUCCCAGGGUCACUGGUCCUCCUCUGCCCCCACAUCACGGGCACCUUCACCACCACCUCAGCCCCAGCCCCCAGCCCCUCCAGCCAGGAGGCUCAGCUAUGCCACCACAGUUAGUAUUCAGGUAGGAGGUGGUGGGCGGCUACGACCAGCCAAAGCUCAGGUCCGGCUAAACCACCCUGCUCUCUUGGCAGCCCCUCACCCGGGAGCCGUUGGGCCUUCCCAGGGCCCAGGAGGCUCCUGAUGCCGCUCUCCGUAUGUAAGCCUGGACAUUAGGCUUCCUAAGCUUCAAGAACUUUCUUCACCAGGUGCCACCUAUCCUUAUGACAUCCAGAGCCUGGACGCAGGUCCAGAAAUGGCUGUAGCUUUCUAGCCCAGGAGUCUGUGUCCACAGAUGGCCCUCCUGAGGUCAUGGUUAUUUUGUUAAUUAAUUUUAUGAAACGCUG